ACUCCCCUCUUGGCUGAAGACGGAAAACUGUAGCGUUGGUUCUUGAACAUAAAACACAAUCUUGAUCAUUCUUGGGCGGGUGGGAUAAACAGUCGUUAUUUUGUUGACACUGUAAGCUGCUUUUUAAUAACUUAAAAAAAAAAUCGGUUGUUGGUGUUUGAUACAAUUGUAGGGAGUAUUGUUUUCGUUCGAUAAUCAAUUUGUUUGUAUCGAUCAGCGAUGGUUCAUCCGGGGUUGUUGAAAUCAUCGGUCGAUCUGUAAACAAAAACUGUCAGGCUAACACGGUACAUGGCAUGUGUAUGCCUUUUUAUUGGCCGUCUACAUAAGUUUGUUUUCAACCUAUAGCUAUUGUCAUAUCCGUGUUAAUGGGGAAGAGUAGAACAUACGUACGUAUAGGAUAUGCUACCUUUGGUAUGCUGGUUGGAUUUUCAGCUUUUUUGGUCUGGAACAUAACAUACAAACAGCCAUGGACAGCGGCAAUGGGCGGAUUGUCAGGAGUGCUGGCGCUCUGGGCCCUUGUCACCCACGUCAUGUACUUGCAGGACUUCUGGCACACAUGGCUGAAGGGACUCAAGUUCUUCAUCUUCGUUGGGGCUCUCUUCUCCAUACUGGCUGUGGUUGCCUUCACUACCUUCCUCACCCUUGCCAUCACACAGAAGCAAUCUCCGACUGACCCUGGGAGCCUGUACCUGUCGUGUGUUUGGAGCUUCCUGACUCUCAAAUGGGCAUUCCUCUUGGCCCUGUACUCACACAGAUACCGCCAGGAGUUUGCUGACAUCAGCAUCCUCAGUGACUUCUGAUUAUACACUCCAUGUUACCCUUCAUACACUUGGUAGAAGAUUUUGGGAAAAGGGUUUUGGGAACCAACCGGUGGCAGAAGAGUUGGUGAAAAAUAGUUUUGACAAAGAAGCUGGAGCACUGAGAAGCACUGAGGACUGAAAAGCUGGAGUUGCUGGAUAAGACUUCUUUUAACUUUUAUUCAUUAUAGUUACACACUCCGGACAUGCUUUAAUUUGUCCUCAAACCCCCGCUACUACACAUACAGUAACAGCUCAGCCAUUUUAUUGGAGUGAGUAGCCAUAUUCACUUGGGAAAACUCAUUUUGAGGGGAACUAGGCUACUGCUUAUCUGUAAUGGUAGACAGCAGAGGCUUGUGAUUUCUAAGGAAAGAUUUACUCAAGCCUAUUUUUACAGCGGCUUAAUUAGUUGAUCAUGACUGGAACAUCUAGUCUGUGGAAGGUCUCUGAGGGUUUGGGUUGAAGCUUUCCGAAAGGCCACCAUUUUUAAGUACUGUAUUUGAAGCUCCAGAUUGAAAUGUAUUGAUGCAAUGUCGCAUCUAAUGAGUAAGUGUCCAAAUACGCCCAUAGAAGAAAUGCUGUGUCACUGUUGUUUAUGUGAUUUCUCUACUGUUUCUCCUUUCGCCACUUGGGGGAGCAGGAUUAUUUGCCCAGUCAUUGCUAUCUGUCUGGAUAAUGGAUUGUCAUAUGCUUUUUAACAUGUGUUAUUCUCUUUUAGGAAACAACACACCAAUACAUGUUUGAUGCACUUUACAUUAUGUUAUUGAUUCAAUUGCGCUCCGCUGCCAUCUGUUUUUAAAGAUCACUUUUAAUAUAGGCUGAGGAUGGAUAUGAUGCAAACUAAUACACUGGGGUAUGGAACUCCUGAUGAACUGACGGGGCUACCUUUUCGCUACGUUUCUAUCUCCAUAUGUUGUCUUAUAUUCACGUUGCUUUGUUUUAUCAUAUUAAAGAUCUAAUGUAUUUACCUGUAUGCUACGGAGUUGCUUUGACUAUAUAUAACGCAUUCAUUACACAUCUAUAAUCACUUCAUUAACAUGUUAUAACAGGUCCCAACUGCAUUUUUAAAGGUUAUUGAAAUAUAGUCAUAGCAGAUCUGUAGCUCAUUCAUGUCAUUCCAUGCAAGAGCUCAUAUUUACCUUUAAUAGAGGCAUCAUUACAAAUACAGUGUACUGUCAUCAUUAUACUGUGCUCAAAAGUGAGCUUCUCCCAUACUAGUGUUAGUGAAUAUGCCAAUGGACCAAACUAUGUUUUGAAAAUUAUGUUGAUUCAUAGCCCAACAGACCUAUAAUGUUGGUGUUAGAUCAGUGGCAAACUGCAUAUUAAAUUACCAGGAAGUGCUUAUUGUGAAUGGGAAAAUAGAAAUGACUUCAUAUUGACAGCAUAUAAUUCAUAUAUAGACCCUUUGUGUGUGUUAUAAACCGGUAUGACCAACUUAAUUGUGAUUUGGAGGGCUGUUAAUGAGAUACGAUCUGUGAAGUUUAUCCUGAGGAUUCAACCCUGUGGGGAUCUUGGUGCACCACUGACCUCCGUGAGAAUAAGGUCACUGGCAGAUGGGGGAAAUGGGGCUGGUAAAAGCAAUAUAACAGCAUCAUCAACAGGAAUCAUGUAGUAAC